AUGAAAUCUGGUUCGGGAAUGUCGGCCAAGUCAGCAAGUCAUGUCCAGUCGACGGACCAUGGAAAUUUACGACCAGUUGCCUGUCUCCACUGCCGACAACGACGAUCUUACUGCUCCAAAGAGAAACCCACGUGUUCCAGAUGUCGCGAUAGUGGACUGACUUGCAUAUACGAGGGGGCAAGAAAGAUCUUGGUGAACGAAGCGUAUCUGCGAGAACUAGAAAGGAAGGCCAAAGCUCUAGAAGCGGCCCUGUCACAAAGAGUCUCAAACACCACAAAGGCUAAAAAUGUUACAGCCGGUGAAGACGAGGAGGACUUUGAAGAUGAGCAACCACUACUCGAGCCAUUCACCAAUCUUAGCCUACACAAACCAUCAACCAGCUUCUUAGGACCGGCAUCGUCUGACAAUUUCCUCCGCAAUGUAAGGAAGCUAUCUGGUUUCUACGGGGAUGACGGGAGUCUUGACGCAAACUCAAAUUUUUACGAACCCGGGGCGUUACCGUCGAGGAGGCAAUUCUUCCGACUUCAUGUUCGUCUCCCACCCGUGGAAAUGGCGAAGCGACUUUUUGCCGCCCAGUACACAUAUAUUGGUACCAUAUUUGCAUUCACGGACCCCAAAGAGGAGUUUGAUAAGCUUCUCGUGGAAGCAUACAAUGGCCCUCCAGAUCCAUCCGACAAGGAUGCCUGUCUGGCAUACUCCAAGGUGUUGUUGAUAUUAGCCUUUGGACAACUGUACUCGGUGAAUCAGUGGGUAGACUUUCGAGGACCGCCAGGAUUCGACUUUUUCACAGACUCGUUGAAUCUCCUACCCGAAACUCACGAAGAAGGGUCCAUUCUCUGCGUUGAAACUCUCGCGCUUGCUGGAUAUUUCAUGCAAAACAUGAAUCGACGAGACGCCGCCUUUCAGUAUAUCGGCAAAGCACUACGAAUGGCAGUAUCACUGGGUCUCCACCACGAGGUUAGCAGCCACUACCCGAACACGACCAACCCGGGACGAAGUUCGGUGCUAGACGAGGCGGCGCGUGAGCGUCGACGACGAAUAUGGUGGUCAAUCUACAGUCUAGAUCGAAUAUUGUCGGUAAAGUCAGGAAAUCCAAUCACCAUUCAAGACGAAGAUAUUGGCGUCAAUCUGCCGUCAAGGCUGCCCACUGAACCUGAAUACUGUCCCGCCAUUGUGCUCAGACACUACACGCAACUGUCCCGAAUAUUGGGGGAGAUUCACACCCUCAUCUAUCGCAAGACGAACAAAGACGUCCCGAAAUCUGGAAAAAGCCUAAUGGCAUCGGUGCAAAGCAUUAUCCUCUCUCUGUCAAAGUGGAACAGGGAACUGCCGGAUGAGCUGCGGUUUGACCCGAUAAAGCUGAGUUUUAGUCGUGAAAGCGUGAGCUCAUUGGCACACUAUUACCAGUGCAUCAACAUGACAGUUCGUCCACUGUUAUUCCACGUGGUACAAAAGCGACUCAAUAUCAUUCGCAACGGCGGGGGUCCAGAGGAGAAGGAGCAAGAUUGGAAGACGGGACUAUCCAAGACGACAGUGAGAGUUAUUGACAUGUGCAUCGGAGCUGCGCAAGACACGGUAAAUAUGAUGGCAAUUGCGUCGCAUAGAGACCUCGUUGCAACCUACGGUUACAUGGAUGGAGAACACAUCUUUUCUGCCUCCAUCGUAUUGGUCAUGGUAUGCGCUGCCUUCCCGACAAACGCAGCCAACACUAUGGCCAUGAACGCCGGACUUAGUCUCCUUCGGGGCAUGGGUGAACGCGGAAACAGCCACAUGGGAGCUCGCUACGAACUGCUUGCCAAGUUGCACUCGGGUGUCAUGCCAGGGGCGGUGAUCCCAUCCACAACAGCCACGGGGUCGCCUCCCCACGGCGCGGGCUUCGUCUCCGCGAUAACGGGCUCGUCUGGCAUGACGACUAAUCAUGUUGCCGUUAGAGUGCCCAUGCCGGGGAUGGGAUCCAUCAACCAGGUUGGCGGUACGGCGGGGCAAACGUUGACGUUCCCGGUGAUUGAUAACAACUCGCUGGAUGAACCGUUUUACGACGAGAGUGUCACUAGUGGGAUGGACUUUGGGCUGUGGGAGGAGGGCUUUGCGUAUCCUACGAUGGAUUUGGAUUUUGAUUUGGCGCAGAGGCAGCAGCAGCCGCAGGGGCCGAUGAAUUCGACGAUUGGGGAGUUUAUGUAUAAUCAGAGCAUGUGA